AUGAGCGGCACGCGUUCAGUGACACUUUCGGGCGGCGGCCCUUGGGGCUUUAGAAUUCAAGGAGGAAAGGACUUCAACUCGCCACUCACAAUUAGCCGUGUGAACGAAGGCGGCAAGGCCCACGCUUCUGGACUCAUAACAGGAGAGACAAUCAAAGAAAUCAACGGAACGGAGACGUCGGGACUCGUCCAUGUCAGAUGCCAGCAGCUUAUCAAGAAUACCGGUUUGAGUUUGACUCUCACGCUCGACUCCAGCACGGCGAAGCCUAGUCAAGCUCCUGUAAAGUACACUAGUCCCCCGCCAAAGGUCCCCGUCGUGACAAAAUCGCAGUUUACGACUCUUCAUCAACAAGUUUCGGCUCCGAAACCAGAGCCAAAAAUCGAGAAGCCGUCAGCCGUCGCAGCUGCACUGGCACGUCGCUCACCGUCUCCGCCUCCAGUUCCUUCACCGCCGCCAGAAACUGUUGAUUUUCCAGCUCCACCGGCUUCGGAUUUUCCAAAGCCACCGCCUUCUUUCCAGAAUGACUUCCCUAAGCCGCCGCCGAUGAUGUCUUCGCUUCAGCCCGACCCUGUCAAGACUUACUCCAUUCCAAAAGUUUCCAACAUAGUUGAUCCCCAGUUCAACUUCAACCCCUCUUCGUACACCCCAGUUACUCCAUCAUUUUCUUCAAAACCAAAGCCUUCUGAACCAUCAACGUCUCCAUCAUACAAGCCUACUCCAGUUCCAGCAACUGUGAACUCGUCCUCGCCUCCGAGAGUGUCAAACUUGAGCUCGCAGCUUGGCGAUAUCAAACUAGCAAAUGAUCCAGCAGCUAGAAAAUUUGUAUCUCCAGCUCCUCCCCAAUCUCCAAUUAAAUCUUCUCCACCCGUCUCGUCCCCUCAAAAGUCAAACUUCGAGCCACCUAUUCCAAAAGCAACGAGUCCGCCAAGCAAUCCUCCACCACAAGCUCGAGGAGUUCCCGUACAAGCAAAAGCACUGAACUCAAACUUAAAUACUUCUGAGGACUCUAGCGAGCCUACGUGUGCAGUGUGCUUCCAGAAGAUUAGCCGUUCCUGUUUCGAGCGAGACAUCGCCCACAGUUGUGCAAAGUGCAAUAAAAAGAUUAUUGGGGAUACAAUGCACGCUCUCAAUCAGACUUGGCACAUGAACUGCUUUGUUUGCAUCAAGUGCAAGAAGCCCUUUGAAGAUGGCGUCUUUCACUGGCAGAAUGAGCAGCCCUACUGCGUCGACGACUAUAACCAACUGUUUGCAACCUUUUGUCGUGGAUGUAACAUGCGUGUGGAAGCAGGAGACCAGUAUAUCGAAGCUCUGGGAGAAUCCUGGCAUGAUAAUUGCUUUACCUGCUCGACCUGCCACAUCGAGUUGAAAAACGUCGGUUUCUACAACCGAAACAACCGGCCAGUCUGCAAGGCGCACGCGCGUUGA